GUUUCAAAAAACAAAAAAGGCAACAACAAAAAAACAGAGUGUGGAUUUCUCAGUGAUUUGCUCGGCGCAACUGCGACUCCGUCAUCGGGAAACUAUGAGCUGGUCUUCAAUAAAAGCGGCCAAUGGGGAGCGCUAGAAGGAUCCAGAAAUAUUUCAGCUGUAGAUGUCGCUUCCGAGUUGGGUUUGGGCUGGGUUCUGAAACGUUUGCCUUUCGGAACCUUUGACGGAGAGCUCCGGGAGAGCAUGGACGUAGUGUUGCCACAGAACGACGAAGUGCGAGUGUGUGAAAGGUGUUUGGAGCUCUAAGGAUCGCGUUUUUUGAAUGCUGUUUUCGGUCAAUAAGCACGCAACUGCACGUUGUAUCAAUCGAGGACCAGCCUGGGACGUCUAGACAGCAGAGCACUUCAUCGCUAUAAACAACACUCGGCGGGGUGGUGGAAAACUGUGAUUUUUCAACAACAAUAUCAACCCAAUUGCACAAUGGACAGUGCCGUACGUCAACACAGAGAUCGUCUUCCAUCAGUGGCAAUUCCUUGCGGGGAUGCGAGCCUAUGGUCAGUUUUGAAACAAGUCAUCGGAAAGGAGCUCUCCAAGAUUACCAUGCCCAUUCAGUUUAAUGAGCCUCUUUCAUUUUUACAGCGCCUAACAGAAUUUAUGGAAUAUUCUUAUUUGUUGAACAAAGCGUCGGAAGCAACAGAUCCUGCUGAGCGGAUGCAAUACGUGGCAUCUUUUGCCGUUAGUGGUCUUGCAUCCAACUGGCUUCGUUUGGGCAAACCUUUCAAUCCAUUGCUUGGUGAGACGUAUCAAGAUGAACGACAAGAUUUUAGAUUUAUUUCCGAGCAAGUCAGUCAUCAUCCACCUAUCUCAGCGUUUCACGCUGAAUCGCCGGCUUUCCGCUUUUACGGUGAUAUAAAUCCGAAAAUAAAAUUCUGGGGGAAAAGCGUCGAAAUUCAACCCAAAGGCAUUUUCACGGUUGAGCUACCCAAAUGGAACGAAACGUACACAUGGUCAAAUGUCAGCUGCUAUGUCCACAAUAUCAUUGUAGGGAAGCUAUGGAUGGAGCAGUACGGAACGAUGGAGAUAAUCAACCAUUCUAACGGUUAUCGAUGCGAAUUGAAUUUCAAACCAGCAGGCUGGUACUGCCGUGAUUUGCAUCGCGUCGAAGGUUUUGUUCUCGAUUCAAGUAAAGCGCGGAGGUUGUUCUUGUACGGCAAGUGGACAGAUUUCAUGAAGUCAACCGACAUAAAAUCUUACGAUGAAUACAAUACUUCCAGUUCUAACCGAGGAUUAAACAGAUCGGAAAGCUCAAAGGAAAGUGUGACGCACACGCCACGCAAAAUGCUUGCAAAACUGAAUAGCUUAACUAUUGGCUCAUUUAAGCAUAGUACAGAUGAGGCGAAUGGCUCAGACGAUGGACAUUGUCCGCCCGAACCUCCUGAUGGCGAAAUCCCCAAAUCUAGCUCAACCAUUUCACUGGAAAUUCCCAACUCGACUACUUUGUGGAUAGCUGAUCCUCGUCCUUCAUACUCAGCCGAGUAUUACCACUUCACGCUGUUCGCAAUGGCUUCGAAUGAGUUGCCGCCGCCAGAAGCGGGAAUUAAAAUCUGUCCAACGGACAGUCGAUUUCGACCGGAUAUUAGACUGAUGGAAGAGGGUCAAGUUGAACCAGCCGCUCAAGAGAAAACUCGAUUGGAGGAGAAGCAGCGGGACGCCCGUAAAGCUCGUCGGAAUCGCAAGGAAAAGGAAGAAAAAGCACGAUGGUUUAAACCCUCUGUGCAUCCACUGACAAAGCAAGAGUGUUGGUUCUACUCUGGAGGAUUUUGGGAAACGAAAGAAUAUCAAGCAAUCAAUAUUUUCUGAACAUGAUACCAAUCAAAUAGCUGUAUACAACUAUAUUCGUUUACGAUGAUGUUUAGAAGUGACAAAAGUAGAUCUAUAAAGAGACUGUGGUUCAUAGACGUGCGCAGUAAGAACCCCUUCUUUCCCCCCCUUGUACCCCUCGCUCGUCAAGGUCCAUUCUGUCUCAGCUUACAUUAUAGAUGGCACAAGCUGGUGACUUGCAAUGGAAUCAGGGACACGUACUGUAACCGCUAAUGUAUGUUGUGUAUUCCUCACCCUAAUCAGUAAUCGUCGCACAUAACUACCUGCCACAGUCCUAUACUAGCACUGUAGGUCAUGAAUGAAAAUAUACGUUCACCAUAAUGUGAAUUAAAAGCUUA